AUGCUUACAAAAUAUUUAUGGUUUUAUUUAGUAUUUUUCUAUCUCCUAUAUAAAACCCUGGCCCAGCGCAAAGCUAUCAUUGCCGCGGCCGCCCAGGAGCGCUGGGUCGAGGCGGAAGGGGGCCCAACCCAGUAUUCUGGCGGUGUCCCCAGUCACCUCACAGCCAACACCAGCGCUGUUGAUCGCGAAUUUUACGACUUCUACUUCACCCGGCGUGGCGAGUUCAUUCCCCCAGGAACCAAGUGGUGGCUGGAGACUCAGCGGACAACUACCAGUAACCCGAAAUUCAUGAACUUCUACCCGUUCAAUGAUAUUGAUUCGAUCUCGCCUCGCCCUCUUCUAUUCAUUUCAGGCGACCAGGCACAUUCGCGGGAGUUCAGCGAGAACGCUUACGCACAGGCAAAGGAACCCAAGGAGCUGUACUGGGUGCCAGGUGCCGGUCACGUCGACCUCUAUGAUCGUGUGGAGAUCAUUCCUUGGGAUAAGCUCACCCAAUUCUUCCGGGCGAACCUUCGUUAG